CUGGCAUGUAUGCAGCGGAAAUGCUAACGCGGCGUUAUGCGUUGCAUGCAAUUAACGUCGACAUCGUUGACAAUUUAGCAUGGGUAUGGUGGUAUGAUCAACAAGGUGCAAUCCAGUCAAGCGGUGUCGAUUUCAUCAAGGACCUUCCCUAUUUCCUUGUUCUGAUUGCCACAUUCCGUCAUUUGGGUCUGCGUGAAUGCGGCAUUGACGCCACACUGAGAAGAGAUGGACAUCAGCACUAUUUGAAGAGGGCUACGAGAGAGUAUCCGAGGAACGACAGAACAGUUCACGAGAUCCAUCCCCGUCGCACCCACGGCUUCGACGUCACAUUCGGAGAUCGCAAAGAUCAGACGAAUGUCAAAGCAGCCACCAUUGCACGUUCUGACAAGAUCGUUAGAUCGCGAUAUUCCCUUUUCGGUCGGGAAGCAAGGGACUUCGAGGCCACGCAGAAGAAGGCGACCCAAGCGGAUACAGUCAUGAAGAGAUACUGGCCGGAAGUCACUCUCACGAGCGAGGCCGUCGCUUUGGAGCGGGCGGUAGAAAUGGGUCGGGGAGAUCCGCUCAUAGAGGGACAUCUGCCCACGGUACUUGCCUCGUACGACCUGAACUACUCGACUGGAACAAUUCGCGAGGAUAUCCAGAAAGAAGGACGAACUGUGGGGAAUGCUAUCGGUGACUCACAUUGCAUGCGCCUACUGCUGAUGCGGAAACUGUUGCCCAUCGACGGAUUGCCUGCGGAGGAGUUUUUGCGUGUAUGGGUGGAAUGUUAUCGAUGCCAUUUCGCGCUCUGGAUGAAGGGCUUGAAACACACGGAUAUCAGUCUUGACAACAUGCUCUAUGAUCCCGUCACUCAAAAAGGUGUUCUGAACGUCUGCAAUUUGGUCUACCUGGAUGAUAGGAGCCAGGCGAUAGGGCAGGAACGGACUGGCACCGUCCCCUUCAUGGCAAUGGAUCUUCUCUCAAGAGAGUAUUUCCGCGGAGAGAUUGCGCGCUUGUACCGCCACGAUUUCGAAUCAUUCCUUUGGAUCCUGCUUUAUAGGCUGCUGCGUGGAUUCACCACGGAGCAGAAUAAAGACUUGGGAAAAUGGAACACGGGGAAUUACAAAGAUUGCUUUGAGUCCAAGAGCGCUUUCCUCGCCAGGUAUAUGGGAACAUGGGAAGCUACGGACGAGAAUGCACUGGUUUGGAAAGGCGUUGGAUUUUGGUUGUUUAGAUGGUUGGAUGAAAAACUUUACACUAUGCGGCGCUUGCGUGAUUUGAAGAAUCAGGAACCAGAAGAGCUGUCAUGGAGUGGCCUCGAAGAGAUAAAUCGAUGGGACGAUCCGUCCAACCAGUCGUCCACACAGGUUCUCAAAGACGCUGAGGGUGUCAUUGCGACGCGCUUGGCUAAGGCGGGUUCCUCCAUUCCCUUCAAGUUCCAACCGCUCUCUGACGAAGAGCUCCAACGGUAUCUCCCUUCUCCAUCAACUCGCAAUUCAUCCGUAGUCUGCCCAACGGACGAAGAAAAUGCGUGGAAAACGCUCGCUGUGUUCCCCACAGACACGGAUGAUAUUAAAUGGCAGGCCAGAGAUGCUGCAUGCUGAGAUGCACCACGCUUCGCCCGUUGUAACGUUCAUGUCGAGCGGGCAUACACAUCGUCGCCUUAAUCACCCGAGCUUACGAACCGAUAGUGGGUAGCGGACGACCACCGCGUGAUGUCCAUUUGUUAUCUCCCAGGUGUGCAUGUAAAUUAGCAACCAUGUUUUUCGUACAGUUUAUGAUGGCAUCACCCGUUUCGGAGGUGCCAACCUCAAGC